GUAUCCGUUACUCCAUGGAUGUAAAUCGUGAUGAAGUCAAAGCCUUAGCUGCACUAAUGACCUUCAAAUGCGCCUGUGUCGAUGUUCCAUUCGGUGGUGGUAAAGCGGGAAUCAGAAUCAACCCCAAGGAGUAUUCCGAUAACGAAAUGGAGAAAAUUACACGUCGGUUCGCUCUCGAGUUAGCAAAGAAGGGAUUCAUGGGACCCGGAAUUGAUGUACCGGCACCCGAUGUUGGAACGGGUGAAAGAGAAAUGUCGUGGAUUGCGGAUACUUUUUCGAAGACCGUCGGCUACCAAGACAUUAACGCGCAUGCGUGUGUCACCGGAAAGCCCAUUAAUCAAGGUGGCAUUCACGGAAGAGUAUCGGCGACGGGACGAGGAGUUUUCCACGGUCUCAAUAAUUUCGUCAACGAACCCAGUUUCAUGCAAAUGAUUGGUCUCGACACGGGAAUUAAGGGAAAAACUUUCAUUGUACAAGGUUUCGGUAAUGUAGGUCUACACACCAUGCGAUACUUGCACCGUGCCGGAGGCAAAUGUAUUGGAAUAAUUGAAUAUGACGGUUCCAUAUUUAAUCCUAAUGGCAUUGAUCCUAAGGAACUGGAAGAAUACCGCAUUUCUAAAGGAACAGUUAAUGGUUUUCCUGGAGCUAAGGCAUAUCAAGGGGAAGGUCUUCUGUAUGAGCCCUGUGAUAUCUUAGUGCCCGCUGCUGUAGAGAAAGUUAUCAACAAAGAGAAUGCUCAUAAAAUUAAAGCAAAAAUUAUUGCCGAAGCUGCCAAUGGUCCAACAACCCCGGCUGCAGAUAAAAUUUUAAUAGAUAAUAAUAUUCUGGUCAUUCCUGAUUUGUACAUAAACGCAGGUGGUGUGACGGUCUCAUUCUUUGAAUGGUUGAAAAACUUAAACCACGUCUCUUACGGCAGACUUACCUUUAAAUAUGAACGCGAAUCCAACCACCAUCUUUUAGCUUCUGUGCAAGAAUCGUUAGUCCGUCACUUCGGCAAGGACUUCAGCAACGUGCAAGUGACACCAUCUGAAGCUUUCCAAAAACGUAUCUCGGGCGCAUCUGAGAAGGAUAUCGUACACUCCGGUCUUGAUUACACCAUGGAACGUUCGGCAAAGGCCAUCAUGAAAACUGCCCAGAAAUUCAACUUAGGUCUCGACAUCAGAACAGCCGCUUACAUCAACUCCAUUGAAAAGAUAUUCACAACAUAUUCCGAAGCCGGACUCACAUUCUAAUAAGAGAAAUGAAGUUCGAUAACCAGUAUUUGUAUGUCGUCAAGUUUCAAUACAGUCCCGGUUUUGUUGUUUUAACCUUUUUAUAAAUAAUUCAGAUCAUGUUAUUGUAUUGGUACAUUUAAUAAAUUUAACUUUCACGUUUA